AUGAUCGCAUCCGGCUUCACCAACGCUCCCGUGUCCAGGUUGCUGGUCGUCGGCAUCGUCGUGACCUCGUUCUUGGCCAGCUUGACUGACACCAAGUAUUUCUUCUGGAUCCAAGUACGCCCACAUCUGUUCGACUACUGGCAGCUAUGGCGACUCUUCACAUGGCAGCUUUGCUAUACGAACAGUACCGAGGUCCUCUUCGCAGCCAUGACCUUCUACCAGAUGAGAGUGAUUGAACGUCUUUGGGGCAGCAGAAAGUUCGCCGUAUGCCUCGUUCGCCAUGAUCCUGCGCCAUGCAGUGGCUGACUGGUAUGUAGUCCUUCAUACUCUCUACUUUCAUCUACAAUACGCUGCUGCCGCCGAUACUUCUCGCGACCAUCAUUCGACCUCUGAGCUUCGGCCGCAUCAGUUACCUCCCAGCCGGUCCAACACCGAUCCUCUUCUCACUUCUCGCGCAAUACCAUGCCGCCGUACCCUAUAUCUACAAGUACCGAGUUGCGAGCGCUCUUCCAACCGGUACUUCCGCGGAGCAGUAUCAUGGCUUCAUGCUCACCUCGAAAGCCACCUCAUACUUGCUCCCGCUACAGUUGUCACUCGCCCAGCUACCAGGCUCUGCGCUCGCUGCAUCCGUAGGAUGGGUAAUCGGUUUCGCAUACCGCCGAGAGAUAUUGCCAGGUGCUGCAAGAUGGCGUGUGCCCCUGUGGCUCAUCGGUGGAAGUGAGCAGAAAGAGCGGUAUGACCAUCUGAGGCGACAUCUAGAAAGUGAAGCUGGCAGAGCGACGGGGGUGGAUAACAACCGUGGAGAUGUACGCAGACGUGGAAUUCUUGGCGGGCUGGCAGAUCAGUUUCGCGGAGCUUUCUAG